UGUGUGAAACGAACGUUUGGUAAAUUCCAACUAGCUAAAAGUGAAUUCAUUGUCAACAAGAUAAAUUAGUGCUACUUACAGAAAUACAAUGAUCAAAAUGUCGACAAGAAGCACCGUGCUGGAGUAUCUGUUGCUUGCCUCAUUCAUCACCUCCACACUGUGCGCCUCGGCCGCUGGAUUGCGCGGCCAGACCCGUGUGGUCAACAGCAACAAGAACGAGAACAGCUGGUUCAGUGGUGAGCUGAGUGUGCUGCACAAGGUCUACGAUGACUGCCAGGAUAAGCAAGACUUCACCGGUUGCCUUAAGGGCAAAGCCCUGACGGCCAUCUCGCGCGCUAUCGACAUGGAAACCGUUCAACUAGUCGAUGGAGUGUCACUGGUAAAGCAGGAAGUCGCUGAAAACGAGAGCAUCCCACUGCUAGCCGAUGCCCGUGCUAUGAGCGGACUCGGCGAGGUGGAUCGCUCAAUCCUGGAAAAGGUGAAUAAAUUCUUCCAGACGCAUACCCUGCGCUUUGAUCUGCAGAAGCAGGAUGGCAUCGCUCGUGGUAACAAGAACAAACACCACCGCUAUCUGAUUGCUGCCUUCUUGACCGCUAUGGGAAUUGCUGGUCCAAUCGGUCUUAAGGUUCUGGCAGCCGUUGCCGGAAAGGCUCUGGUUAUCUCCAAGGUUGCCCUCACCAUCGCUGGUAUCAUCGCCUUGAAGAAGAUCUUCGCACAUGACCAUCAUGAGGAAACCAGUUUCCAGGUGCACGCUGGACAUGACAACAGACGAACUGCCUACGUUGUCCGUAACCCAGCCAAGAUGGCCGCCAGCGUCGAUCCCUACCGGUACUACUACGAGCAGCAGCAACAGCAACCGCAGCCACAGUACGGUACCAUCUAGAAACCAUCAGAGCCAAAGCCGGUACAGCCGCCAGUCAUCGGUACUAUCCGUCCCAGAGGAAACGAUUAGCGAACAAGUCCCCCUGUAAAUUAAUAUUUAUUUUUAAUUUAUUGCAAGCGUUAAAUUAUGGGUAGUUGUACUUUUAAAUCAGGUGCAAAGCCUAGAAUAGAGGCAUCACAGAUAUUUCCCUUAUACCGCAGUAUCUUCCCCUGGUUGGAAGAUGGUGCGGUUUUGUAAAUUAUUAGCGAACCACACGAUACAGCAAGACAACCAAAAAUUAGGCAAAAUUUGAAGUCUCCCUCCCCGUAGGAUCGAAUUAGCAAGUAAUAGUAGUA